AUGUCGAGGUCCGAGAGGCUUCAGCGGUGGCGGGAGGAAGAGGAGGAAUCCGAUGAAGAUGAUAUCAUCUUCCUUGGUGCUAUGCUUGCGGCAUUGAAGAGGAAGAAGAACAAGAAAAAGUUUCGCGGAUCUUUGCCGGGCCGCCACAACGUGCCACGAGAUAUCCUAGGCGGUCACAAGAAGAUUUACUGGGAUUACUUCGCUGACAAGCCUGUUUACAACGAAAAGCAUUUCAGAAGGAGGUAUCGGAUGUCAAGGGUACUUUUCUUGAGGAUAGUAGCUGCAGUUGAGGCUCAUGACGAGUAUUUCCGCCAAAAGGCUGAUGCAGUGGGUCGUAUGAGUGCAUCUGCAAUUCAGAAGGUUGUUGCACCCUUUCUGAUGCUUGCACAUGGUGUGUCAGCUGAUUUCUUGGAUGAUCGGUCAGAAUGGGUGAAAGCACCAUAA